AAGUCUUUUUAAUGCCUUGCUUAGUAACCGGGAUCCUUGUGAGGACCUGUUUGGGGAGACUUUGUGUUCUGCCGACUACAGGCAUCUUUGGAAGGAAACCCAAACACAUCAGAAGCCAGGAAUGGAGCCAGUGACCUUUGAGGAUGUGGCUGUGAACUUUACCUUAGAAGAGUGGGCUUUAUUGGAUUCUAGUCAAAAGAAGCUCUACAGUACUGUGAUGAAGGAAACAUUUUUGAACCUGAUCUCCAUAGAGAAAGCACUAGAAGAAAAGACUGAAGAGGACUACAAAGAUAUCAGCAGAAAUAUGGGAAUUCGGGUGAUUGAGAAAGACUGUGAAUAUGAAUGUGAUAGUAACUGUGAUAAAAACCAGGAAUCUAUUCCAGAGAAUAUUGUCAAUAAAGAUAUACCUCCUGGAGUAAGAGUUCAUGAAAGCCCAUUGCAUGUAAGAAAUGUCAUUAGUUAUUCAUCCUCACAUGGAUAUCUCAGAGACCAAACUAGAGGAAUACUAUCUCUAUAUAAGGAAGCUAUGAGAAAGGCUUUUCCACAUCAGAAACAGUGGAAAGAUAUCAGUCAUUUUGAAUCACUUCAGGUACUUGAAACUCCUAAACAGAAACCCUAUAAAAACCAAAAAUGUCAUGAAACCUCUAGGAGUCUCCCUUUUGAUCAGCCUCAGAAGAGAACUCACACUGGAGAUAAACUCAAAGAGAGUGACGUAACAAGAGACACAUAUGGCCAAAAUAAUGAAGGAAUCCAUAAAGAAGUAAAACCUUUUGUAUGUAAACUCUGUGAAGAAUCCUUCAUUGAUUCCAAUGAUCUUAUCAACCAUGAAAAAAGUCAUAUUGGAGAGAAAAGGUACAUUUGUAGGCAACAUGGCAAAACAUUUAAUUAUGCAAAAUAUUUUGAAAACCAUGAAGUAAUUCACAAAGGAGAGAAGCCUUAUGCUGAUAAACAUUUUGGAAAAGCCUUCACACAGUUCAGUUAUCAUAAUAGUCAUGAAAGCAGUCACAUUAGACAGAAGCCUUAUGCAUGCAAGCAUUGUGGGAAAGCAUUCACCAGUUCCACCUACCGAAACAUUCAUGAAAGAAUUCAUACUGGGGAAAAGCCUUAUGUGUGUAAGUAUUGUGGAAAAGCCUUCACCAGUUCUGCUCAUCGUAAUAUUCAUGAAAGAAUUCACAGUGGAGAAAAACCUUAUCCAUGUAGACAUUGCGAAAAAGCCUUCAGUGACUUAAGUCGUCGUAACAGACAUGAACGGAGUCACACUGGAGAGAAUCCCUAUGCAUGUAGGCAUUGUGAAAAAGCCUUCAGCGACUCCAGUCGUCGGAACAGACAUGAAAGGAUUCACACUGGAGAGAAGCCCUAUACAUGUAAGCAUUGUGGAAAAACUUUUACCAAUUUCACUUCAUGUAAAGUUCAUGAAAGAAUUCACACUGGAGAGAAGCCUUAUGCCUGUAAGCAUUGUGGAAAAGCAUUUACCUGCUUCAGUCAGAUGAAUGUUCAUGAAAGGGUUCACAGUGAAGAGAAGCCUUAUGCAUGUCAACACUGUGGAAAAACUUUCAAAACUACUGCUUGUCGAAACUUGCAUGAAAAAAUUCACACUGGAGAGAAAGACUUUGUCUGUAAAACAUGUGGGAAACUGUUUAUUCAGUCUAGUGAUCUUAAGAAGCAUGAAAGAGUUCACUCAAAAGACAAACCUUAUACAUGUAAGCAUUGUAGAAAAGCUUUCAGUGACUCCAGUAGUUGUUGCAGACAUGAAAGGCGUCACACUGGAGAGAAACCUUAGAUAUGUAAGCCUUGUUGAAAAACCAAUUUCUGUUUGUAUAAGGCUCUUGAAAUAGUCCACACUGAAGCGAAACCUUAUGCAUAUAAGCAUUGUGGAAAAGCAUUUACCCACUCCAGUCAUCCGAACAUUCAUGAAAUGAUUCACACUGGACAGAAGCCAAAUGCAUGUAAACAUUGUGGAAAAACCUUCAAUACUUCUACUUGGUGUAACUUGCAUGAAAAAAAUCACACUGGAGCCAAACCCUUUGUGUGUAAAACGUGGGAAACUUCAUUCAGUCCAGUGAUUUUAACAAGCAUGAAAUAGUUAACUCAAAAGACAAGCCUUAUGCAUGUAAGGGUGUGGAAAAGGCUUCAGUUGCUCUGGUGAUCUUAACAGACAUGAAAUGUUGUUCAUGUCUGUUAAGCUUCACACUAGUUGGUAGCCUAAUGCUGGUAACCUUCACUAUUUCCGGUUGGCACAAAAGUAAUAAAAACAUUCACACUGGAGAGAAACCCUCUGUUUGUAAACAUUUGAAAAACUGUUUCUUUGUUCUUGUCAUUUUAUCCAGCAUAAAAGAUCUCACACUGUUGAGGAACCUUAUCAUCCUCAGCAGUGUGGGAAAGCCUUCACCCCUUACAGUUCCUGUAACCCCUCAUGCAAGAAUUUACAUCUGAAAGAGGCCUAGUGAGGGUGUGCAUUUAAGUAUUGUGCAAAAACCUUCAUCAGUUGCCAUGAUGUUCUUGAGAAUUCACCCUGAAGACCUGAAGACGGGCCUUAUGUGCAUAACCAUGUGGGAAAUCCUUUAGAAGCUCAAAUACUCAUUUCCCCCCCCCCACUGGUGAAAGUCAUUAUGUUUGGAGUAAAUGUUCAAAAUAUGUCAAGUUUUUAGAAACCUUGUCUUUUUAAAUAAUCUCUUCCUGAAUUUCUGUGUUUCAAAUCCAUGUUCAAACCAAAAUGUUCUCACAGCAAUAACUGCAGUGUGUAGAACUCUUACUUACUACUAUUAACUGUGUGACAGUGCACUCGUCAAAUUCUUGUGUUGUGAGGUAUGA